AUGUCGACCUCUGCCCGCCGCCGUCUCAUGCGGGACUUCAAGCGCAUGCAGACCGAUCCUCCCGCCGGUGUCUCCGCCUCGCCUGUUGCCGACAAUGUUAUGACCUGGAAUGCCGUUAUUAUUGGCCCGGCCGACACGCCGUUCGAAGAUGGAACAUUCCGGUUGGUGAUGAACUUCGAAGAACAAUAUCCCAACAAGCCACCCGGUGUCAAAUUCAUCAGCCAAAUGUUCCAUCCUAAUGUGUAUGGAACCGGCGAGCUCUGCCUCGAUAUCCUCCAGAACCGUUGGAGUCCGACAUAUGAUGUGGCUGCCAUCCUGACGAGCAUUCAGAGUUUACUCAACGACCCCAACACCUCAUCUCCGGCCAACGUCGAAGCAUCAAACCUCUACAAGGAUAAUCGCAAAGAGUAUAUCAAACGAGUGCGGGAGACGGUUGAAAAGAGCUGGGAAGAUUGA